AUGCGAUGCGCGAGCAAGGCCGCCGAGAGCGCGUCUGCACGUCUCUGUGCGGACGCCGAAGCAGAAACUACAGCAACUGAUAUCCCAUCGGUUGCUGAAUCGACUCAGCCUGUAUCACCUGGUGAUGCAGGCGCUGGUCAUGAAGACACUCGUGUCUUCACAGAGUACGAGCUCGGUGUCUCGUACUCUCCUGAUACGGAUGACGGAUCCGUAUCGACGGCAAUUGAAUCCAAGCCGCCUGCCAAGCGUGGCAUGGACGAUGCUUUGCGUCGCAGCAUCUUUGGUUCAUCUGAUGAGUCAGAUGAACCAUCGCCGAAGCGAAGGCGCUCGAGGUCGCGAGACUCGGGCGCUAAUAGUGGUGUCGUUUCUCCAAUGGACACCACUUCACAGCGAGGUGCCAGUACUUCUGUCGGCACGUCGCAGGAAGAGCGGGACCGCAAUGUGUUGCGUCUCGCUCCAGAAAAGAAGGCAUGGAUGCCUCCUAAAUUCGUCAUGGAUCACUUGUCGGCGACGACGAGUGAUCGUUAUCGAACACGAUUGUUCGAUUCGUCAAGGAUCCAUCACCUUGACCCCAGCGCGAAAGACUAUCGCGCUGAACAUGAGUUCUUCAUCGAUGCUUUCUUCAGACAUCGAUGGUACAGUGGGAAUCACAAACGUGAUGGUCCCUCACUACUUCAGGCGUGGAACGCCUACAUCCAUAAUCUCGAGGAUGUAGGUCGUGACGCUUGGAACGACAAACUUAUCAAAGCUCGUGAUAAGUUUGAAAAGCGAACCCCCGACAGGUGCACGCUAUAA